AUGGCGGUUGAAACAUUGCCAUUAUUCGCCAAGCUGCAGCCAGUCAGCUUGGUUGGCUUGGUCUUGCUUUCCGGACUCUUCUUCCUGUUGACCUCAGCCCGAAAGUCAGACCUUCCUCUCGUGAACGGAAAGCGACCAUUCGAGUUUGGGAUCGCAAAGGCUCGGCAACGUUAUCUGAAGAACGCGCACGACCUGAUUACAUCGGGUCUAGCAAAGGCUGGAGCCUUCCGAAUCGUCACCGAAAAUGGCACACGAACUAUAUUGUCGCCCAAAUAUGCUGAUGAUAUCCGAAGUCAUAGGGACUUGAGCUUAAGCGCGGCUUUGGUGAAGGAACACCACGUCAAUAUCGCAGGAUUCGAUGCUGUCAAGGUCACUGUGACAUCGGAUAUUAUCCAGGAUACUGUUCGGACUAAACUCACUCAGAAUCUUUUGAAUAUCACGGAGCCGAUGUCAGAGGAAGCCACUAUCUUGUUGAAGGAGCAAUGGACCGACAGUACCGAAUGGCACGACAUCCCGCUGAGAGCGAAGGCUUUGGGGAUAGUCGCCCAACUCUCAUCCAGAGUGUUUUUGGGCGACAAAGUUUGCCGGAAUCCAGACUGGCUCCGUAUUACCGUCAACUACACUGUGGACUCCCUGAUGGCAGCGGCCGAGCUCCGUCUCUGGCCAGAAAUGUUGCGCCCAUUUGCAGCUCGUUUCCUGCCAAAAUGCCAGAAGAUUCGUAAGCAGCUCCAGGAGGCUCGUGAUAUUAUCGAACCGGUUAUAUCCGAGCGGAGGAUUGCCCAAGCGGCUGCUGCCAAAGAAGGAAAGCCCCAGGAAUACUACCACGAUGCUAUCCAGUGGCUCGCGGAGAAUAGUAAAGAUCGCUCUUUUGAGCCCGCUGCUAUGCAACUGGCACUAUCCACUGCGGCUAUUCAUACCACCACUGACCUUCUCACUCAAACUAUUCUCGAUAUUUGCGGACGCGAUGAGCUUAUCCAGGAACUACGGGACGAGAUUAUUUCUGUGUUCAAGGAUGGCAGUUGGAACAAGAGUACAAUGUACAAGCUCAAGCUGAUGGAUAGUGUGAUCAAGGAGUCUCAGCGUGUCAAGCCAAUGGCUAUCGCGAAAAUGGCACGGUACGCCGAGGAGGACGUCAAGCUCUCUGAUGGGACCAUCAUUCCGAAAGGCGAAAUAAUCCUCGUAUCCUGCAGCAAGAUGUGGGAUGCAAACGUGUACCCCGAUCCUCACACGUUCGAUCCUCAUCGAUUCCUCAAAAUGCGCCAACAGGGUUCCGACCAGGAGAGCUUCGCUCAGCUCGUGUCUCCGUCGCCGGAGCACAUGGGAUUCGGCUUUGGCAAGCACGCUUGUCCCGGUCGCUUCUUCGCUGCUGCUGAGCUCAAGGUCGCUUUGUGUCAUAUCAUCAUGAAGUACGACUUCAAGGUGGCCGAAGGAUGCAACCCACAGGUGCUGAAGUCUGGGAUGAGACUAGCUGCAGACCCCUUCGCUCGUAUUGCUAUCAGAAGAAGACAGGAGGAAAUCAUAUUUUGA